UCAAUGUCACAGAAAUGUUGAGAAAUAGAAAAAUAUUUAGAGAAAAAUACAGUUUCAAUUUUAAAAUACGUGGCUUUACAGUUUGUGAAAAUACUUGAUACAAUAAAUUGUUUCGGUUUUUUUUUAAACGAUAGAAAUGCGUCCUCUCUGGUUAUGUUUGCUUCUAUUACCACUUUUACUGGGAAGUGGAAUAGGCUUUUACUUUUUAAUUUUUAAAUCUCCAUCAACUUCUACAGAUGGUUCGAAAAAUAAUGUUGAUCCAUUGUUUAUUGUAAAAGAAAACGUUGAAUCACAAUCUUCGCAACAACUUUCUUCUGCUCAUCCACCAUCACCAAUACAACAAUCACCACCAAUAACAUCAACACCAUUACCAACAACAACAUCAACAACACCAACAACAACAUCAAUAACACCAUCACCAACUACACCAACAACACCAAUACCAUCACCAACUACACCAACAACAACAUCAACAACACCAUCACCAACUACAACAACAACACCAUCACCAACAACACCAACACCAUCACCAACUACACCAACACCAUUACCAACUACACCAACAACAUCAACAACACCAUCACCAACUACAACAAAAACACCAUCACCAACAACACCAACACCAUCACCAACUACACCAACACCAUCACCAACUACACCAACAACAACAACAACUCCAAAGCCUCAAUAUGAAAAUAUCGUCAUUAAAAUCAAUAAAAUCGAUUUUAAUAUAGAAAAAACACUAAUUGUGUCUAAUAUUACUGAUACAACCGUCCAAUUAAAGUGGAGCAAACCGAGAAUGUCAUACGGUAAUGUAGAAUACAUUAUCACAGGGCAUGGAAAAAAUGAAAUUGUGAAAUCAUUUCAAGACUUUCCGGAACAUAUUGUCAAAGACCUCCAGCCAGGGGAACGAUACACAUUUCGGGUUACAGCUUCAGGGAUCGAUUUUAAUGUUGAAAGUAAACAAAUCGUAACCAAAACUGCAAUAGGUAAACCUGGUCCCCCUACAGACCUGAAGGUAUCAAAAAUGAAGUACGUAAGAAGCAUGAUAAUCGAAUGGAGAAGACCACUGGGAAGUGAGAUCAUCACAGGAUAUAAUCUUCAUAUUGCUAAAAAUGGGUCAGGUGCAGUACAAGAUACGCAAGUUUUUGACACUUCAGAUUAUCCAAAAUAUAUAUACUACUUUGAAGAAAGCAGUGAGUUUGACAUAACAGUCACAUCAUUCAAUACGCAAGGAACCUCUUCGAGUACUACAGUACAGUUUACAUCUGACCCUAUAAAUAAUGGGAAUGCCUAUCCUAAUUCAUUAAAAGUAUCAAAAAUUAAGGAUACAACUGUCUAUUUAAAUUGGGGAACAUUAGAUAAUGUUGACGCAUCGGGAUAUGUAAUAGCGGCCACCAAAAGUGCCGAUGAAAAUCCUACAGUAGAAGAUUUUUAUAAUAUAUUAUAUUCACCAUUACUUCCAGUUGUUGGACUUACUCCAGGAAUGGAAUAUAGUUUUCAGUUAUAUCCCUUAAAUACAACGGAUGAAAGCCAUGAGAUUCAUACUGAUAAAAAAAUAAGAACUAAAUGGCCAUUAGGCAAACCUAACAAUCUAGGAGGAACACUUACAGUGUCUGUUAUUGAGAAUUCAGCGAAACUAACGUGGAAAAAUUCUCCAUUAGAUGUAAUCACAGGCUAUGUUAUCACGACAUUUAACGCAAAUGACUUGAGUUUGGUAUAUUUUCAUCACAUUUAUGAUACACCAGUCUCCGUUAAAUUCAAUGUUCCUGAACUAAAAUCGGGAAAUUCAUAUGCAUUUCAAGUUACCGCUUUUAAUUGCUUAGGCUUCUCCGACAGUCUUCAAAGUAAUGUAGUCAGAAUUAAGUAGAAAAUUCUUUUCUUAACUAAAUCAAAACUAAUCAAUUUGUGAAAAAUCUACAAACCUGAUUUCGUUUAAUUAAAUGUCUCAGUUCUUUUAGAAACUGAUAAAAUAAGAAAAAUAAUAUAUCUAGUGAUAAAAUUAUCACUAGUGAUAAAAAUAAUUUAUCUACUGAUAAAAUAAAACAAAUAAUAUAUCUACUGUGACGUAUAAAUAAAAACCAUAA